AUGGCUGCGUCAAAACUUUUUCCGCGAUCGCGCAGUUUCUGUUUACAUGCGCUGUAAAUCGUAGUAUGCAAAUAUAAACAAACAUUAUAAAACUAACUGUUAAGUGAUUAAAACUUUUUUAAAGAAUAUAACAAGUGAUUUUAAGUGACCAAUGAACUGUGUUAAUGUGGUAAAAUGAUCAAGAACUUAUAUGGAAUGAUUUUGUUCAAAGUUUGGAUGUGUUUGGUUGCGGUGACGGGUGCGCGCGCACGCUCUGCGCCGCCCGCCCCGGCCGGCUGUCAGUGGGACUAUUCGGACGCAAAGUUGAGUGAAUCUAACUUUCUCACGUGUAACAUCAAAACCAUCGGCUCGGCGGACUUCUUAUUCAAAAACAUUACUACGGCGCAGGCGUACAACAUCAACAAGUUAAAGCUGACUUGCACCGAUUUACUUUUCUUUGAAAGUUCCUUGCACAUGAACACCGGCAAUUUUUUGGGACAGUUGCGAAAACUUGAAGACUUGCGCAUUGAAUACUGCAAAAUACGAUACGUUCCAGCAACGGUUCUUUCUCCACUGCGUGAUUUAACUAGUUUGACUCUACGUUCAUACAAUACUGAUUGGCCUGCCAUGACAAUGGAGUUUCAUGCCGAGAGUUUUCGUGGAUUAAUGGAACUUCGGGCCUUGGACUUAGGUGACAAUAAUAUUUAUAUGUUACCAUCUGAAGUAUUCUGCCCGCUAUUCAGUUUAGAGACAUUAAAUUUAACUAAUAAUAGAAUGCAAGAUAUUUCCGAUAUCGGGUUCUCUGACUGGGGAAAAGGGCCUAUUGCUCCAGGAAAAUCAUGCAAUACAGGAUUGAAGAUGCUUGACUUGUCUCAUAAUAAUGUAUUAAGACUGCCAGAUAACGGUCUUUCCAGUCUUCGAUCUCUAGAAGUGUUGAAUAUUCAGAAUAAUUUAAUCAACGAAAUAGGCGACAGAGCAUUCGUUGGAUUAAAUUCAUUAAAAGUUUUGAAUUUAUCGGGAAAUAAGUUAGUAGCCGUUCCUCCCGAGCUGUUUCAAUCUUCCCGCGUUAUCAAAGAAAUCUCAUUAGCGAAUAAUUCGCUGUCUGUGUUGGCUCCGGGAUUACUGGAAGGACUAGAUCAACUAGAGAAGCUUGAUUUAUCAAGAAAUCGCCUUACUAAUGAUUGGGUUAACCGUGACACGUUCUCUGGUUUAAUUCGCUUAAUAAUAUUGAACUUAUCUUACAAUGCUCUUACUCGCUUGGAUCCCAAGUCAUUUCAGGACCUUAAUAACUUACAAGUUCUGAAUCUAGAUAACAACGCUAUAGAAAUUAUUAGUAAUGGUGCCUUUGCCGAGCUCAAAAAUCUUCACCAGCUUUCAAUAUCAGACAAUAAAAUUAAAGUAUUGAAUGAGCAUAUAUUUUCAAACUUAUUCGUGCUAAGUCAAUUAUACUUGGAUAAUAAUGAAAUUUAUUCAAUUCAUGAGCGUUGCUUUGAGAAUAUAACAUAUUUGCAGGAUUUGGGAUUGAAUGGAAAUAGCCUUAAUGGAAUUCCUAAAGGCAUCAAGAAGCUUCGAUUUUUGAAAUCACUUGAUAUUGGGAAGAAUAAUAUAACGAAAGUUUCUAACACUUCUUUUGAAGGCUUAGAAGAGCUUUAUGGGCUACGUCUAGUUGACAACCAUAUAACUAGCAUACCUAAGGAUACCUUUAGUACCUUACCAUCUUUACAAGUACUUAAUUUAGCUUCAAACAGGAUAGAAACUAUUGAACAAGAUGCAUUCCUCUCUAAUCCGACUUUAAAGGCUAUUCGUCUAGAUGGAAAUAAGCUCACCGACAUUCGGGGUGUUUUUACAAAACUAAAUACAUUAGGCUGGCUAAACAUAUCUGAUAAUAAACUGAUAUACUUUGAUUACAGUUAUAUGCCAGAGAGCCUUGAAUGGUUAGAUAUACAUUUGAAUAACAUCACAAAAUUGGAUAACGAGCAAAAUGUUCAACAAAACAUUCGAAUGCUGGAUGUUAGCUAUAAUGCUUUAGAAAACGUGGACGAAAGGUCCAUACCGGAUUCUAUUGAGGUCCUUUUCUUGAAUAACAACAAAAUUGACACUAUUCAUCCAGGUACAUUUAUACAGAAAAAGAAUUUAGAAAAAGUUGUAAUCUCAGACAAUAAACUAAGGACCAUUGAGCUAUCGGCAUUUACAUUACCCCAUGUACCGAAACAUAAAUUGUUGCCAAGGUUUUUUAUUGGCAAUAAUCCAUUUGUGUGUAAUUGUCACAUGAUAUGGCUGCAGAAAAUAAAUCUUUGGAAUCAUAUGAGACAAUAUCCGAGAUUCGCAGACUUGGACUCGAUUACUUGCGAAGUCGUUAGCAACAAGUAUGGCGGAAAGGCAAAUUUAAUGGAUGUUCCUGAAACACAGUUCCUUUGUUCUUAUGAAACUCAUUGUUCUUCAAGUUGCUUCUGUUGUGACUUCGAAGCUUGCGAUUGCAAAAUGACGUGCCCCGAGGGUUGUUCAUGUUUUCAUGAUAGUAAUUGGAAUUCAAAUGUUAUAGACUGCUCGAAUGUUGGAUACACUGAAAUACCGGAAAAAAUACCAAUGGAUGCUACUGAACUUUACCUAGAUGGAAACGAUUUUGGUUCAUUAGCAAGCCACCUAUUUAUUGGUAAGAAAAAGUUGCAUAAGUUAUACUUGAACAAUAGCAAUAUUGCAACAAUCGACAACGAUACCUUAAACGGACUCCAUUCGCUUAACGUUCUUCACCUCGAAAACAAUCACUUGACCGAACUAGCUGGUGGAGAAUUUUCUCAAACAAAGCAUUUGCGUGAGUUAUAUCUAAAUGAUAACCUCUUGACAAGUGUAGCAAACAAAACUUUCGAAAACUUAUCUUCUCUUCGUGUUGCGCAUAUACAAGGCAACAAAAUAUUAGAUCUUGACAAAAAGUUAGCUCAUAUUGCGCAUCUUGAAAAUGUGAACGUGCGGGGUAAUAUAUUCACUUGCUUGUGUGACAAUAUAAUAUCACUGCAAAAUUGGUUCAAAAAAUACUAUGAAGAUCCUGUAGAAAUGUUAUGUGCGUCUGAAAAUAGUUUAAAUUUAAAUUUAACAGUGUUUGAUGUGAUGGACAAGUGCCGUGACUCUGGUGUAAUAGACAAUACCAUACCUACGGAAAACCAACCUUAUCAGUAUGAUGAAGUUAGCACAAUAAGGUUAAAUUUUGUGCCACUUCUAGCAGUAGUAUUAAUCAGUGUAAUUCUUAUUUUAUUGUUUGGUGCAUUAGCAUUCUCUUUUAGGCAAAACGUGCGAUUGUGGGCGCAUUCUAAAUACGGAGUAAGGUUAUUUAAGAGCGCUUCUAUUCAAGAAAGCGAACUCGAUAGGGAUAGGUUAUACGAUGGUUAUGCUGUAUACAGUUUGUUGGACGAUGAUUUUGUAUCAAAGGUAGUGGCGCCUGAAAUGGAACACUGUGGUUACACGAUGUGUUUCCAUUAUAGAGAUUUACAACAUGCUCCGGAAAACUACUUAACGGAACAAAUAACGAAUGCCGCUGAAUCAUCAAAGCGGAUAAUCAUUUUUAUCUCUUUUAAUUUCUUACAAAAUGAAUGGUCCAAAGUUUCGUUUAAAGAAGCAAUAAAGCAUGUUAUCACGUCCAUUCACCCUUCUAUUAGACGGCAUAGAGUUGUGUUCAUUCUUACAACAGACAUAAGCGCGCUGAAUUUAGAUUUAGACUUUCAGGACUAUUUAAAAACUUGUAACGUAUUACUGUGGGGCGAAAAAAAGUUUUGGGAAAAAAUUAGAUUUCUAAUGCCAGAUAUUUCAAAUUUACAAUGGAAUAAGGAUGCGAUAAAUUAUAAUCAUGGUGUAUGUCCGAAUGGGAGGCGGCAUCCUUCUCGCUACACAGCUUCGCCGACCGCACCAGAGCAUUGGUAUAAAUACGAUGCACUUCCGCCCCAGACACCAACCACGGCUAAUGUUGGUAUUAGUGUAGAAGACGACAGUUCAAUGCUCACAAACACGACAUUGACGAGUCAAAUACAAGAAGGUGACAAUCCACACCAUAGUUAUAUUUCAAUCGAUACACAAAACUAUGAACAGCCGUACGGUGGUCGGCCUAGGCCACCUAAUACGAUACGUAAACAUCCCGGUCACCACUCCCCUUCAAUGCUCGACGAGCAAGGUUAUUUACAACCCCGAUCCUCAGUACACGAUUGCCUACCUCAAACCCAUUCGGCUGUACACAGAUAACAUGCUACAAACUAAACAAUCGUUAUCUCUUAAAGAUAUUUCUUAAUGGAACAGUACAUUCCAAACCCAUAAGUAGACUAGGCUACGUUUUAAGUUGCCCAUGCCUUAUAGAUACGUGAUAAUUUUACAAUGUUUCGGUUGUUACAUUCGGCCAAAUAACUAAUUCGUUCCUUGAAAUCUUUGUAGAUCAUAGAUGUUAUAAUUAUAUUAAAAGAGACUGUAUUGUUAAAUUAAUCGCAUACGUAUCUGAAUUAAUAGAGCCUUAUUGUUCAAUUUUGAUCAUAAAUACAAAAUAAAAAACACUAUCAGAAUUAAUAUUAAUGAGAUGUUGUUUUGUUGUGUAAGACUGAUAAAAAUUAUAAGUAUAGAUUAAAAAAUUGCCAGUAUAGGAAGUGGAUGAACUUUAUUGAGUAUUUUGGUAUAGUAUGUUAUAUUAUCUCAUUGUUACCAAAUAUAUUGUACAUAAUUGUAAUUAGACAUUGUAUAGCAUAAAAUAUCUGUAUAGUUUUACUAGUCAUUAAUUAAGAUUGAAUUGUGUUGAUAAAUGUAGAUAGAUAAAGUUGCAUAGUCAAUAACACCAUCCGUUUAGCUAUAGAAGCUAUUAAUAUUCCUUAUAGUGAGAUAAUGUUUUGUCAAAUUGCCUAAACUGUAUUGAUAAUUUGAAUUUGUAUGUAUGACAUGUUGUUAUUGACUACGUAGCGAAAUGUACCUAAUAAUAUAAUCAAAAUGUCGA